AUGUCAUACACUACAUUGGCCCAGCAGGGUCUCGCCGCCGCCGAAGCCCGCAACUGGGAUGAAGCCAUCGAUAAGCUUACAAUCGCUCUCCAAACCUCCAAGAAUCCCCAGUGGCUCAUAGCUCGAUCGAAAGCCCUCAUCAACCGUGGAAAGUUCCAAGAGGCACUCGACGACGCCAAUCUCGCUUGGCACUCGGCGUAUGACCGUAACAAGCGACCACAGCUCAUCGAAGCCCACUAUCGACGUGCUGUCGCCUACUUCCGUCUUAGACAAUAUGCCAACGCAGAUGCAUGCUGUGUUUACGCCAUGCGUCUGGUUAAGAAUUUCCCUGCAACCGAGAAGGAAGACCCAGCCAAGACCAAGUGUGACGAGAAUGGUUUCUACAAGGUGGCCUUGAAAGAUGCACAAGAGGAAUCGGCGACAGAUGAAAUAAACAACAAAAAGGGCCCCUCACUCCAACAAUCAGAGCCAUCUAAUUGGAAAGAUUGGCGUAUCGCCAGCACUCUGCGCAUGCAAAUCCUAUUUGCUAUGGAGAAGCUCCCGGAGGACGACCCUGCCCGUAAGCUCACCACAAGUGCCAAGCCUGAGUUGAAGGAGUUGGCAGGUUUGGCGGAUUUGGGAAUAACCGACACCAAAGCCCCUACUACUCAAACUACCACUAAGCCCGCCGUGGUCGAUGAUUCCCCUCCGCGAAUGCAAGAGUUCCAGAACAAUGACACCAUGUCAGUGUCAAUUUUCUCCAAGAAAGUCAACAAAGACAAACUACAGGUUGUUUUCAAGGACGACUUUGUUUCUCUUGAUCCUAUCGUUUGGCCCAAUGGCUCCGAGAGAUGCCUGAGCUUCCACACAUGGAGCCCUAUCAAUACCGAUACUUCUACCUACAGGGUCACUCCCAACAAGGUUGAGCUUACACUCAAAAAGAAAGGUCCUGGAAUGUGGAAACAGCUCAAGAAAGACGAGGACAAUAACACAACCUCCUCCAGUGCACACAAUGAGGAAGCCGAAAAGCUCAAGCUUCUCAAAGAAGCUCGCAAGCAGGCCAUGGAUGCCGCCGUUGCCUCAACCGAGGCCUCGACUUCUGCCGUCCAGGGAGAUGAAUCAACCAUUGCCAACGACAAAGGAAAGACCCCCGCCACCUCCGAGGCAUCCUCAAAACAUCCUACGUCUUCCAAGGCCGAAAAGAAGAACUGGGACAACAUUGGCGACGAUAUUGACUCCGACGAAGAGAAGGAUGUUAACGUCUUCUUCAAGAAGCUUUUCAAGGGUGCUACUCCUGAGCAGCAACGAGCCAUGAUGAAGAGUUUCACUGAGAGCAACGGUACCAGCCUCAGCACAGAUUGGGACGAUGUCAAGGGCCGAAAGGUCGAGACGGUUCCUCCUGAGGGCGUUGAGGCCAAGAAGUGGUAA